AUGUCUAGUUCUGAGAGUGAUAAAGAGGUGCAAAAUACACCUCCAAAGAAAAAGAAGUACAGUGUCAGCUAUAAGCCGGAUUGGGAAAAAGAUGAUCUGUUAGAGGGAUGGUUAUCAAAAAGUAAUAAAGGUCCAGAUUUCGCUUAUUGUAAAGUGUGCUCUUGCGAUAUAAAUAUAACGAGAGGGGGUAAAAAUGAUAUUAAAAGACAUAAAGAGACAAAAAAACACGAAAGCAAUAAGCUGAAAAUUCGAGGUCAACAGAGUCUAGACCAGAUGUUUACAAAAAAAUCUACAUCGUUAGAAAAACUAGUAAAACAAUCAGAAAUUAGAAUCGCCGCAUUCAUAGUUGAACAUAAUAUUCCGAUCAAUGUGAUGGAACAUUUCCCAGAUUUAAUAAGAGCAGUAUGCCCAGAUUCUGAAGUUGCAAAAAGGAUUACCUGUGGACGUACUAAAACAACAAAAAUUAUUUCGGAGGUGUUGGGAAGAAGUGACGUUGACAUCAUGGUUGAAGCCAUGCAGACAAAUAAAUUUUCAUUAACAGCUGAUGAAAGUACUGAUAAAAGUACAAAAAAGCAUUUGGCAGUAAUUGUGAGGAUUGCUCGAAAUAAUCUGAAGGUGGAAGAUUUUUUUUUUGAAUUAUUUGAAAUUCUUGAAGGUAACGCCGAAAAAUUGCAUGAAGUAAUUACAAAAAAAAUGACAGAAUUGGGGAUUCCUUAUAAAAAAAAUAUGAUAGGGCUGGCCGCAGAUGGUGCCAACGUAAUGAUGGGAAAGAACAAUUCUCUUGCAACGAAGUUCAAACAAGACAUACCACACCUUUUCGUUAUGAAAUGUGUAUGCCAUUCUGUACAUCUUGUAGCGUCAAACGCUUGCUUAAAAUUGCCUCGAGAACCCGAAGAUCUAGCACGGGAUGUGUAUAACUAUUUGAAUGGUAGCCCAAAACGUACCGGCUUGUUGAAAGAAUUCCAAGAAUUUUUGGAAUUAAAACCACACAAAUUGCUGCAACCUUCUCAAACAAGAUGGCUCUCUUUAGAGGCAGUAGUAAAGAGGUUGCUAGAACAAUACGAAGCCUUAAAGUUGUACUUUAGGGACGCUAUUUUCAGCGACCGUAUUAAAGCUGCAGAAAACAUAUUGAGAAUGAUAGAAAAUCCAGUGAACAAGCUAUAUCUGCAAUUUAUGGCGUAUGCCUUAGGAAUAUUCAACGAACUAAACAGAACCAUGCAAUCAGAAAAUACAAAUGUACACAUAAUUUACAACAGGGUGAUGACCGUAAUCUACACAAUUUUGGGAUGUUAUGUGAAAGAAGAAUACAUUUCAAGAAAUGAUCACAAAAACAUCGACUAUAAAAAUCCCAGAAAGUACAUGGAUAUAAAAGAUUGGUAUUUAGGCGCUGAAGUAGGGGCGACAUUAUCUUCACCAACAUUAACAAUCAGUCCCGAAGAAAUAAAAAAAUUCAAGUUCCGCUGUUUAGAGUUUUACAUUGAGGCAAUUAAACAACUAUUACAGCGAUUUCCAUUUGAAGACGAUAUGGAAAUUUUGAAAAAAAUGGAAUUUAUGGAUCCAAAAAUAGUUUGUAGUGGCAAAAUACUAUCCAUCGCUGACAUAUUGGGAAGGUUCCCAAAUAUAGCACCUUCAAAUGUUAUUCAACAGAUUGACACCGAAUGGCGGCUUCUUCGGAAUACGAAGUUAAAUACUGAAGAUGAAAAUUUAGAAGUAGGAGCUUUCUGGAAAAAAAAAGAUAGCCCAGAUGCAUUUGGGUGA